AUGGCGACUUCCCAAGAUGCUCCGCUUGUCCCUGAUGAUGAGAUUGAAACCGAAACUGAGGCGGACCUUCAAAGUCUCCGUUCAGAGUAUACCAGUCUGAGAAGCUCGAUCUUAGGGGGCCGAGAAGAGAACGGCCGCCUGUAUCACUCGUACAAGGACGGCAAAUAUGCCUUCCCAAGCGACGAGCAGGAGAAUGACAGAUUAGACAUGCAAAACGCUAUCUGCUACCUCACUUUCAACCGCAAGCUAGGCUUCGCCCCGCUUGCUGAUGAUGAUGCCAAAGUCGGUCGCGUUCUGGAUCUUGGCACCGGCACCGGGAUGUGGGCCAUUGAAUACGCAGACUUGCACCCAGAGGCUGAAGUGUUGGGCGUGGAUCUUUCCCCAAUUCAGCCGACAGACGUUCCGACAAAUCUGAAGUUCGAGGUCGACGAUGUUGAAGAGGAAUGGCUGUACUCACAAAAGUUCGACUACAUCCAUCUUCGAUUCCUCAAUGCAUCCAUCGCCGAUUGGAAAAAGUUGAUGGCCAGAGCCUUUGAGUUCACCAAGCCAGGUGGCUACUUCGAAUUGCAAGAAAACGAUUUCGUUUUCACCUCCGACGAUGGCACCUUAUCCCCAGACAAAGCUCUCUCAAAGUUUGCCGUCCUGGUUCGAGAGGCUUGCGCCAUAUUCGGACGGCCUGUCUUGGAGAUUUCUGUUUUGAAAGACAUGAUGAUCGAAGCCGGGUUCGAAGACGUUACGUUGAAGAACUUCAAGUGGCCAUCGAAUCCUUGGCCCAAGGACGCUCACUACAAGAAGAUCGGCGAAUGGAACUACCACAACUUCGUGGACGCCGCAGAGGCACUGGCCAUGGCGCCAUUGACACGCGCGCACGGCUGGAAGAAGGAAGAAGUGCAGGUUUUUCUAAUCGACGUUCGCAAGAACAUGAGAGACCCUAGCAUCCACUCCUACAUGCCCAUGUAA